AUGACCGCGGUCGCGAAGCCCCAGGAUACCGUCCGAGCGGAAACUUGGAGCGGUGCCAACGCCAAAGGCCCUAGGCUGGGCUCGGAACAAAAGUGCAACGGAACUCGAAGGCGGAAGCUGGAUGUCGGCCGGAGAGCCACGCCCUCCAACUCCGGGGCUCAGCCCGCCCAAGGCUCCGCCCCAAGGCUCCGCCCCUGCCCUUUUUCGGAGUUCACUGGCGGCCGCCGGCGUAGAAAGGAACGCGUCGACCUUCGCCGCAGUGAGGACGAGAGCCGCGCUUGUCUGCUGCUGCCCGGAGCCAUGCUGAGGAGCUGCGCCAUGCGCCUGCGCACGUUCGGGGCUGCCGGGGGAGGCGGGCUCCCGCCGCCCUGCGCUCCCAGAACCGCGAGGAGGUCAUUUGUUUCUGAAGUUGUUGACAAGGACUGUGCCCUCCCCAACCCCAGCUGGAGCAAGGACUUACGACUUCUCUUCGACCAGUUCAUGAAGAAAUGUGAAGAGGGCUCGUGGAAGCGUUUGCCUUCAUACAAACGGACCUUAACUCAGCAUUUUAAAGACUUCAGAACCCAUUAUGUUGACCCAAAACUUCUGAAAGAAGAGCAAAUACCAAACGCCCAGAUUUUCACCAGAAGCUUUGAGGAUGGCCUUGGUUUUGAGUAUGUGAUGUUCUGUAAUGAUGCCGAGAAGAAAGUCGUGUGCUUUUUCCAAGGAGGCCCUCACUUGCAGGGAACACCCGGAUUCAUCAUGGAAUGGAUGCUUGAUGAGGUUUGA